GGCAAUUGCCUGAAGACAAACGCCACACGGCGCGAUCACCCCGUAUUUCCUGUUCGAUUGCAGUCUGCCAGGCGCAACAUUCUUUCGUUGUUGAAUCUCAGGCUUCCUUCAUCAUUCUGCGUUGAACGCAUAGCUCGCAGGUCGACUUACAACAACAAUAACAAUAAUACUCUUUAAUCACUCUCCUUCACAGCAAAUAUCACGACUCAGAUACUACAAACAUGGAGAAACAAACACUUGCUGCCUCCUCGAAUGACGACUAUGAAAACGCCGCCUUUCUGAACACAUCCUACCUCAAGGACCCCGAGACAACGCGGCGGCGAAAUUAUGUCUACCUAACACUUUUCAAUCUGUUCAUAUUCACACUUUCUAUGCUCAGUCUGAUAUGUGCUGUCAUGAGCCAAAAAGAUAGCUCAGGCCAUUCGGCAGCCAAACUCAUGGACCAAUUCGACAUCUUCUCGCCUGCCAUGCACGAAGUCGAGUACUCACACGUCAAGUACUCGCUAUCAAAACCGCUUAACUCAAGCAAGUAUGUUGGCACUACAGAUGACGUAGAGAACGCAUGGAUGGAUAUCGCAUAUCUGCCUGACCAGAUGGUCUCCAAGACCGAUUUUCCCAAACUCAAAAAGCCAGAUGACGCAAUGCAAGUCACCGACCCUACCACCGGCGAAACCGGGUACCGCGUUGGCAUUGAAGUCUUCCACCAGCUGCACUGCCUCAACCUUCUACGCAUGAGCACAUACCCAGACCACUACCAGAAAAUCUCAUGGAGCGACACCAACGACCCACCGGAGAAGGUGCGCGCUCAUUUGGACCACUGCAUCGAGAUCCUGAGAAUCAACCUCAUGUGUCUUUCCGAUGUGAAUGUUUUCACGUUUCAUCCGACCGAAGAGGAGGGUAAGCAGGGUAUGGGCGGCUACUGGCCGGAUUAUGAGAGCGAGCAUGUGUGUAGGAACUUUGAUCACAUCAAGGAUUGGGCGAGGGCGAAUGCUGUGCCUGACGCUGACGUUUAGUGUCUUAAGUACGUAGACGAUAUUGAUCUCCGCUUAAUUUCGUUGAAUUUGAUUGCGCAGCAUUGCGA